UGCAUUGCAGGCAUGCGGGUUGCCCUGCCGCUAACUAAUCUAGUACGGGAAAGUCAAGUAGACAGGUGUUGCUUUCAAAGAGCUGCCGCCACAAGCUCCACUGCAGUUAUAAACUCGCUGCCCACCGCCCCAGCUGCUUCCACUCACUUCACCGCAGCAGAGGUUUUUCUACUCCGCACCUCCUAUACCCCCAGAUUUUCAAUCGCACUUUCACAACCGCCACAAUGAAGUGCUCCACAAUCUGCGCUGCUUUCUUUGCCGCCGUCGUUGCGGCCUCUUCAGAUGUCGUUCAGCUGAAGACAGACACAUUCAAGGAGUUCGUCCAGGAGAACGACCUUGUCCUCGCAGAGUUCUUCGCACCAUGGUGCGGCCACUGCAAGGCGCUCGCCCCCGAGUACGAGACCGCUGCCACCACAUUGAAGGAGAAGGACAUCAAGCUUGUCAAGAUUGACUGCACAGAGGAGGCGGAUCUCUGCCAAGAGUACGGUGUCGAGGGUUACCCAACCCUGAAGGUCUUCCGUGGCCUCGACAACAUCUCGUCCUACGGUGGUCAGCGCAAGGCCGACUCUCUGAUCUCGUACAUGACCAAGCAGGCCCUGCCCUCCGUCUCCGAGGUCACCAAGGACACCCUCGAGGAGUUCAAGACUGCCGACAAGGUCGUCCUGGUCGCCUACUUCGCCGCCGACGACAAGGCCUCCAACGAGACCUUCAGCGCGGUCGCUGACGGCCUCCGCGACAACUACCUCUUCGGUGCCACAAAUGACGCCGCUCUUGCCAAGGCUGAGGGUGUCAAGCAGCCCGGUCUGGUUCUCUACAAGUCGUUCGACGACGGCAAGGACGUCUUCACUGAGAAGUUCGAGGCCGAGGCCAUCAAGUCCUUCGCUACCGUCGCUGCCACUCCUCUCAUUGGUGAAGUUGGCCCCGAGACCUACGCUGGCUACAUGGCCGCCGGUAUUCCUCUCGCCUACAUCUUCGCCGAGACACCCGAGGAGCGUGAGGAGCUCGCCAAGGAGUUGAAGCCUCUUGCUAUCAAGCACAAGGGCGCCAUCAGCUUCGCUACCAUCGAUGCCACCGCUUUCGGCCAGCACGCUGGUAACCUCAACCUUAAGGCCGACUCAUGGCCCGCUUUCGCCAUUCAGCGCACCGACAAGAACGAGAAGUUCCCCUAUGACCAGGACCUCAAGAUCAACGAGAAGGACAUCGGUACUUUCGUUGAGGAUUUCCUCGCUGGCAAGGUCGAGCCCUCGAUCAAGUCUGAGCCUAUUCCCGAGAAGAACGAUGGCCCCGUCACUGUUAUUGUCGCCAAGAACUACAAGGACAUCGUCAUCGACAACGACAAGGAUGUUCUCGUCGAGUUCUACGCCCCCUGGUGUGGUCACUGCAAGGCUCUCGCGCCCAAGUACGAGGAGCUCGGCCAGGCUUUCAGCUCUUCCGAGCUUUCCAAGCUUGUGACCAUCGCUAAGGUCGAUGCCACUCUCAACGACGUUCCCGAUGAGAUCCAGGGUUUCCCUACCAUCAAGCUCUUCGCCGCUGGCAAGAAGGACGCCCCCAUCGACUACUCUGGAUCCCGCACUGUUGAGGACCUUCUCCAGUUCAUCAAGGAGAACGGCUCCCACAAGGCUGCCGGUAUCCUCGCUGAGACCGCCGAUGCCGUUGAGGAGGGUGCCGAGGAGCUCGCCGAGCAGGCCAAGGCUGCCACCGAGUCUGGCAAGGCUGAGGCUAAGGAGGCCACAGAGUCCGCCAAGUCCGGCGCAUCUGAGGCCACCGAGUCCGCCUCCAGCGCUGCCUCUGGCGCCGCUGCCUCAGUCAAGUCGGCUGCCUCUGGCGCCGCCGAGGCUGUCAAGAGCGUCGCUGGUGCUGCUGUUGGUGAUGACGAGGAGAUCCACGACGAGUUGUAGAUCUUACCUUUCGCCUCCUGUCCUUUUAGCGCUUCUUUGGUCGGUUUUAUAUCCUCUACGACGUCUUUCUUGCACGAGACGGGCUCGGAUAAAAGCUUGUAACGAUUUACAUAGGUCAUGUGCAAGUGCCUAUUUUUCUUCAUUUAGGUUGGGAUAUCACGGGUAGCUAUAUAGCUCAAUGGAGUUCCGGAUCAAAACGUUC